AUGAACAUAAAACAAAUCACAAAAAUUUCAACAAUUUGUGAAAUUUUAAAUACAUGUGAAAUAGGUAAACAAAUGUUUAAAGAAUAUCAUAAAUUAAUCAAACUGUAUUUAACCAUUCCGGUUACAACGGCCACGGCCGAACGUACAUUCAGUACAUUAAAUAGAUUAAAAAAUGCAAUUCGUUCUUCAAUGACUCAAUCACGUCUCAAUCAUUGUUUAUUACCACAUAUUUAUAAAGAAAAACUUGAUGAAAUUGAUGUAAAUGAAAUAAUGUCCAAAUUUAUAUCAUCAAAUGAAAAAAGACAAACUUUUUUUGGUUCAAUGCUCUAG